CUCACUGCAGCACAACCGAGAGAGCUCUGUGUGUCAAAGUGUACCAGUUUACCAGUGAACACUGAACAUUCAAUGUGAUGACACUGAAAACAAACAGAUCGUGUAAACACAUCGAGGACAUUAAACUAUGAACUAAUAAUCGUCACACGUCAUCAGUCCAUAUCGGAAACCACGUUAAAAUGUGUAGAGAUAUUGAUCGUCAAGGUUAUGCGUCAUCUUUUUUACUAUUAUAACCACCAAAUGUAGUAAGAUGAAAAUGAGACUUCCUUUAGCAUUGAUUACAAAUGUAAGACUGCUUAAUUCUGGCUUUAGAAUCGGGCAUCGGAUUCAUAAUGGUGUUACAAAAACAUCAUUGCUGUCCAGUUGUAAUAUAUGCAGCAGGGUGGAGAGAAAGUGGAUAAAACCAGUGGGAUUUGACACGGGUGUGAAGACUUACAACAGUCUGACCAAGCAGAAAGAACCUUUGGUUUUGGCACAAGAAAGAAUUGCAACCUGGUAUAGCUGUGGACCCACUGUUUAUGAUCAUGCCCAUCUCGGCCAUGCGUGCUCAUAUGUCAGAUUUGACAUUCUGCAAAGGAUCUUAUCCUUAUUUGAAAUUAAUGUCAUCCACGUCAUGGUCAUCACUGACAUUGAUGAUAAAAUAAUACAAAGAAGCCUUGAGCAGAACAUCUCACCCACUGUCCUAGCAAGAAUGCAUGAGGAAGAGUUUAAGAGGGACUUGCAAGCACUGCGGGUUCUUCCUCCAGCUGUAUACAUGAGGGUGACAGACAACAUACCCCAGAUUGUAGCUUUUGUAGAGCGUAUUAUCGGAAAUGGAUAUGUCUAUGUCACAAGUCAAGGGAACGUCUACUUCGACACUCAGUCAAUUGGUGACCGCUAUGGCAAGCUUGUGAACCUUGGAGGAAUUGUUGGGGAGCUGGGCAACAGAAAUGUACAUGUAUCAUACCACAUUUGAAUGUAUUAUAAAAUCUUACCCCACCAAAAAAUAUGGAACAGAAUCAUAUUAUGCAAUGGUAACAUCCAUAAACACUUGUUUGCUCUUGUCUCCAGUUCAGUGUUUAGAAGCCAGUUGGACAUCCACUCUGGAGGAAUUGACCUUGCCUUCCCACAUCAUGAGAAUGAGAUUGCCCAAUCUGAGGCGUAUCAUCAGUGCGAACAAUGGGGAAAUUACUUCCUGCACUCCGGGCAUCUUCAUUUGAAAGGAAGUGUAGAGAAGAUGUCAAAAUCCUUGAAGAAUUAUGUAGCUAUAAAGGAUUUUCUGGAAUCUUACACUGCUAAUGAGUUUCGACUUUUUUGUCUUCUGACCAGAUACAGAUCAGCAAUUGACUAUAGUGAUGCUAGCAUGAAUGAAGCCCGAUCUACUUUGUCCACCAUCUCUGCCUUCUGCCACACUGCACAGGCCUACAUGCAGGGCCACUUACAGUGCCAGCCUAUAGAGGAGGGUAUUCUCUGGGAGAGGUUGUCUGCUACACAGUCUAGUGUUCGGAAGGCACUCGCUGAUGAUUUUGACACCCCAAAAGCUGUGAAUGUCAUUAUGAGCCUCAUUCACCAUGGCAACUGUCAGCUUCAGCCUGCUACUAAGAAUAAUGGGCCGAGGUGUCCUGCUGUAUUUGGAGCCAUGCUGUCCUAUGUCAGAGAAAUCAUGGCUGUUUUUGGAGUUGAUCUAUUGGACAAAAAGGAAGUCCAUGAUUCCUCUGGAGUUUUAAAUAAUGUGGUGGAGGAGUUGGUGCAUUUUCGAAGUAAGGUUCGUAAAUUUGCUCUUUCUGUGGAAGAUCAAGCUUCACAAAAUCCCCAGACUGGCUCUGAAAUUCAGAAAAGGCAUCCACAGCCAGACAGAGUGCCCUUGCUGAAGGUCUGUGAUGCCUUAAGGAAUAAUCUAGCACCCCUUGGAGUCCACAUUAAGGAUAGAGGCACAAACUCCACAUGGAAAAUAACAAGAGGAGAGACAAGGAAGAAUUAACCACUUACUGUUACACUUGCUAAGUUUUUCUUCUCUUCAAAGAAGUAACAGUUUAACUGAAAAGUCUUGAAAAAGACUAUUAGUUCUAUAGUGUAAGACCACCAGUAAUCAUAACCACAGCUUGCUUCUGAUGAUAAUGAUUGUAAUUGUUAAUACAACAUCUCUGUUCUUAGUUUAACCUAUAAUUAAAUUACUUUUUGUAUGA